CAAAUGACGGAAAUUGGCUACAGAAUAAAGACAACUUGCCGCCUGGCCAACAUGCAUUCGACGAUGACGAACUUUGCCACUGUUGCGCUAAUCAUUGCCAAAUCGGAGCCAAAUGUAUUUCUCGACAAACUGAGCAACGAGAAGCGUGGCGUGAUCAGCUUCACUCUGCGCGACUCCAAGCGGGACAUAGCCAAUUGCAAGUGCUGGGGCCCCAAAGCCAGUGUGGAUGAAUAUAAUGCGAUGCUGCAGAUUGGCGAUGUCAUCGAUGUUAUUGGUGCCAAGGUGAUGGCCAUUAUGCCGCCAAGUUUUGCGGACAUCGGUGCACCGCGUUAUCAGCCACGUGGCACACUCCCCUUUGCUCUGGUCAUCAACGAGGGCCAGGGCUUUCUGAUUAAGCAUUCCAGCGACGAUGUGGCCGUGGUGCAGCCACUGUCCCAGCUAUUGCAUCAAUCCCAUAAGCCGACAAGCGCCGCUCUCAAGUUAUCGGAUGUGCGUUGUGUCGCUCCAGGCGCUGAGCAGCCACCAGCGGUGUACAUUGAUCUGUUCGUGGCGGUUGCCUCGCUACGUCCGGUGCGUGAACUGAAGCGCAAGGUGGCCCGCAAUGGCAAUGUCCUGAUGCAUUGCCUCGAACUGGUUGUCAUCGAUGACAGCUAUCCCGACGGGAUGGUGUUAACCCUCUGGCAUUUGGAUUGGAUAAAACGCGCCCAAUACUGGCAGCCACGCAAGACCCAGCUGCAUCUGAUCGAUGUACGCAUCUCACACUCACGAUUCUACGGCUGCCCGGUACUCAGUCAUGCCAGCUGCACGCUCAUCUAUGAGAAUCCGCAGCCCCUCAGCGCCGAAUCUCAGGCGUUGUCUACCUUUGCAGCCACAGCGCCACUCAAAACCUUUGACAUAUUCGCCCAAACGGACAUGGAUAGCCUGCCAGCAGCUGAUCAGAUCCAGACGCAGAUGACCGUAAGGCAGAUCUAUGCUCGUGCCGAGGGCGAAUUGAAGGAUGCAACCAGCGAGCAAUUUACGAGCGUGCUUUAUGGCAUGGUCACCAAGUUCGAUAUUGAUGGAUUUGCUAUGUGCAUCAGUAAGAAAUGCAAAGCGUGCCACAGGCUAAUCCCUUACAGCCGCAACGACUGCGACAAUGAGCACUGCCUGCUGGAGUUCUCGCUGCACCACAGUGGUGCACGCUUUGAGCACUUCUUCAACAUCAAUAUACAACUGUCCGAUCAGACAGGCACACUGCUCGAGGCACGACUUAGUGGCGCUGUGGCGGAACGUUUGCUGGCAAUCAAAGCGGAUGCUUUUCAGCUACUGCCGGAGCGCAGGAAGACCGAUCUCAAAUGGCGUUUUCUUUUAAAAUACUUUGAGAUCAAACUGCUGGUGAGGAAGCCAGCGGCGAUGCGUAAAUCUCUAGCUGUUAUCGUGGUGGACAUGGAGCUCAUCGAGCUGGGGAGGCUAAUAGAAAAAACAGUUGCGUUUUGAAUUGUGAGUAGAGAAUUACUUGUCUAUAUAUUGUAUCCACUAUAUCCUAGAAUAAUCAAAAAUAUAUAAAAUCUCAAAGAAAAUAUUUUGAA